UCGUGAAAGCUUUACAGCGUUACCAGUUUGUGCUUCUGUGGUGAUAAGUUUCAAGCAUCAUCGUGGGCGGUCCUCUUCGAAUCUGAGCUCAAGAUGCUAUCUUCGGCUGCUACAAGUUACUCCCCCGCCAAAUUCCUUCUCUUUUCUGCUUCUACCUUCCUUCCCUCUUUCCCUUCUUUCUUCACUCUCACAUGUUAUCUUCAUUCCCAUUCCCCAAAUCCAUACAGCAUCCCUGACGCCGUCGCCUCGUUCCACCGCCUCCUUCAUGAGCGGCCUCCUCCCUCCAUACUCCAAAUUAACAAGAUUUUAGGAUCUAUGGCUAAGAUGAAACAUUACGCCGUCGCUAUCCCACUUUUUGCACAAUCUGAGUUGAACGGAUUCACGCCGGAUUUAUUUACCCUGAACAUCUUGACGAACUGCUACUGCCACGUUGGUCGGAUGGAUUCUGCAUUCUCUGUUUUGGGUAAAAUUUUCAAGAUGGGAUAUUAUCCAGAUGUGGUAACUGUGAAUACACUCGUAAAAGGACUGUGUUUAAAUCAAAACGUUGGUAAGGCACUAGAUUUCUAUGAUGACAUAAUGGCAAAAGGAUUUCAUUUAGACCACUUUACUUAUAACACGUUGAUCAAUGGAUUAUGUAAAUCGGGGAAAAGAAGAUCCGCCGUUAAAUUGUUGCAAAUCAUGAAAAAAAAGUCAGUGAAACCUGAUGUAGUUGCCUACAGCACAAUCAUUGAUGCACUUUGUAAAGAUGGAUUGCUCACUGAGGCACGUGGUUUGUGUCAUGAAAUGACUAAGCAUGGGAUAUCCCCAGAUGUGGUUACAUACAAUAGUCUAAUCCACUGUUUUUGCAGCAUGGAAAAGUGGCAAGAGGCAAAGCAAGUACUCAUUGAAAUGAUAUCGAAAGACAUCCAACCAGAUGUUCGUACCUUUAACAUCCUAGUUGAUGCAUUAUGUAAACAAGGAAGGAUCAUAGAAGCUCAAGCUGCGGUUGCUAGGAUGGUGAAGAGUGAUCAAAAACCUAAUAUUGUUACCUACACUGCCUUGAUGGAUGAUUGGUGUUCAAUAAACAAUAUCAUUGAGGAUACAGAAGUUUUGAUUAGAAUGAGAAAAAUUGGUUUGGAACCUGAACUUUCUAGUUAUAAUAUUUUGAUCAAUGCAUACUUUAAGAUGAAAAUGGUGGACGAAGCCAUGGAUUUAUUUAAACAAUUGCAUCACAGAAAUAUAGUUCCUGAUGUUGUAACUUAUAAUUCUGUUAUUGAUGGCUUGCUGAAAUCACAAAGAAUCUCACGGGCGCAAGAAGUUAUUUAUGAGAUGCAUGAAAGGGGUAUUCACCCUGAUAUAUUCACUUACAAUAUCUUGUUAGAUGCAUUUUGCAAGGGGGGACAUCUGGACAAGGCAGUCACAUUAUUUAGGAAAAUUGUCAAUCAAGGAUUUCAGCCUGAUGUGAAGACCUACACUAUACUUAUUGAUGGCCUGUGCAAAGGUGGUAGAUUGAGUGAUGCGUGGGAGACUUUUCAAUAUCUUCUGGCCAAAGGUUAUCAACUACAUGUGCAUACAUACACUGCUAUGAUUCACGGUCUUUGCAAACAUGGACUGCUUGAUCAAGCCAAAGCCUUGCUUGAUAGAAUGGAAGAGAACAAUUGCCUCCCUAAUUCCAUAACUCUUGAAAUUAUUAUUCGAUAUCUUGUUGAAAACAAUGAGAAUGACAAUGCAGUGAAGCUUCUACGUAAAAUGAUUGACAGAGGCCUGUUGAAGAAAAAAUCAUGAUGCAUUUUGCUAGAGGAGACAUCCCAGCAAGGCCGUUACUUUAUUUAGGAAAAUUGUCAAUCAAGGAUUUCAGCCUAAUGUGAAGACCUACACCAUACUUAUUGAUGGAUUGUACAAAGAUGGCAGAUUAAAUGAUGUGUGGGAGAUAUUUCAAUAUCUUUUGGGCAAAGGUUAUCAGCUACAUGUGCACACAUAUAUUGCUAUAAUUCAUGGUCUUUGAAACAGGGUUUGUUGGAUGAAGCCAAGGCCUUGAUAAAAUGGAAGAGAACAAUUGCCUCCCUGAUUCCGUAACUUUUGAAAUUAAUAUUCGAUAUCUUCUUGAAAACAAUGAGAACGACAAGGCAGUGAAGCUUCUGCAUACAAUGAUUGAUAGAUGCCUGUUGAAGAAAUAAAACAAGGUGAGAUACUGUGGCUCAAAUUCACAUUCCCCGGAUAUUCAUCUUUAGCUAGCAUGGAUGGCUAGCAAAGGAUUGUACGUCUUGUAGUGAAUUUUUACAAUUAAUUGACUGGUUUUACGAGAAUAUAGCUUAAUGAAUUGCUACCGUUGUGGUGAUUUUUUUUUUUUUUUGGGCAAAGAAGCUUGUUCAGUGUAAAACAACAUGAUGUUCAUGCCUUUAUGGUUUGUAUCAGCUAUUUAGAGCCUGCCUUUUGAUAUUAACAAUGGUAGUUUAGUAAUCAGCAACAGAUUCCUCGUAAGACUUUAUCAUAUACUGUUAACCCAUGCUUAUAACAAGUUUAUAAGUUUGAAUUUUAACCUUAUGAGUACUUAGGCUUACAUUUGGUUACAAAUAAAGUUGAGAAGGAAUUUAAGCUUAUUGCGGUUGACUUUUUUUAGAGGUUACGUAUGGUUUAUGUAGUCAAGUAUCAUGUUUCUGAUCGCAUCAAGUAUCAUGGCAUGCAGGUUUGGCUGAGAUGUUAUGCAUUCCUCAUAAAUAAUUUGAGAAUUGUGUUUGGGAACUAAUUGACAAAUAAGUCUAGCAAAUUUCAAAUACAUUUAAUUGGUUUUUGUGAGAAUAUAUGUUUUGGCCUUGCUUGCAGCAGAAUGUUUGACUUGCUGUAAAUUGUUGAUGGUGGUAAAUUAUUGUUUUGUUCCAUGCUAAUGCACUGUUUCUUUUCUUUAGAUGCGUGCAAAAGAAUUUCUGGCAUGCAAGACCCCUGUUUUUGCCAUUUCCUUUCUAUUUUCUUUGUAGCAAGAUAUGCUGUGAAAGUAUUAUGAAAACCAUGAGUCUUGAGUAUAAAUUUGUGAAAACUAUAAGUCUUGAGCUUUUUAUUUAAUCUCUUUUAUUUCUUAGCUGAUUUAUUUGGAUGGAAUGGCAAAGUUUGUUGCCAUCAGUUCGUUUUAUGCAUUGUACUCUACCUCCAUAAACGGACAAAUUUUUCUUCAAUAAGUGGCUGUAUUCUAUUCUAUACAAGCAUCAGAAAAUGUGUGCCUUUAUUGGUUGUUGGAUCUCAUUCCUCAUGUAGAAUGAAGCAUCUGACGGAUUGCUUCUAUUUUCAUGCUUUAUGCCAAUCUUCUGUUGAAUGAAAAGCAAUUUAAAUAGUUGUGAGGAGUUUGUACAUCAUUCUUUUCUGCCCAAUGAUGGCAUGUCUCUACCAUGGCUGCUCUCUAUGGUGCUGAUUGGUGUAGUAAGUUUUUUUCUGAUGCAGAACUUGGUUCCAGAUAAAAGAACAAGACCUAGAUUUUUUGUUCUUGCCAAAUAAAUUUUUAUUUGAUGUAUGGAAAUUAAAAGAUAUGAAGGCAUGCACCCAAGCAUCAUGUUAGGGGUACUUGAUUGAUUGCUUCUAAAUGAGGGGCUCAAGGCUGAAUCGAAGACGAUUAUAAGCAGGUAAUAACGGUAACUGAAAUUAAUGUGUCUAUGUUAUUUUAAAAUACUUGUAUAAAAUAAUACUGCGUUUCUGUUGCAUGAUAAGAUAUUAUCUGAUCUUUAGCCCAUUUGGUUCAAUCCCAUUGUAUUCUUGCAGUGGCCUAUAAUUCUUUCGUUCUUAUUUUCUGAGAGACUACAACAAAAAAGUUGAAAUGUCACAGUAUUAAUUUCACUUCUUUGAUGGCCUUUUUAUAUUGAAUAACGUUCAUUCACCUUUACAAAUGAGCACAUGGUCAUUGAUAUGAUAAUUGUCAAGAGAUUUCAUGGUCUUUUAAACUACUAGGAUAGAUUGCUCUAGAAUAUCAUUAUGAAAAAGUUUUUAAUCUUUUAUCAUUAGAAGAGAAACUAUACUUGUCAUUUUUCAUUUUGCAGCUAAUAAUUUCAUGGAAAAGAAUAAUCAUGUUACAUAUUAUUUAGCACAGCUCAGCUGCUUUAAAAACCAGUCCUCAUUAGUCAUCAAGACUAAAUUUUGAUGGACCUUAAAUGACAAUUUUUAUAUUUUGUCCGAAGAAUUUACGGACACUUAUGGUUGCAGGAUAUCUUCUUUUGAUUGGUAUAUGUUGUUCUUUCCAUCCUCCUAAAUUUCAUGGUAGCAUCUUUUAUAUUUUCAUGGAUUUGACAAUAAAGUAUGCCUCAUUGGAACUUCAGCUUCUAAACUUCUGUAUAGUCAACAUCAUACUUCUUAGAUAAACAUGGGUAGAGGCUAUGAUACCCAAGAGGACAAGUUGUUGCAGCUGGUUGUGAUGGUGGACUUAUUGAUGUCACUCUGGCUAGCUUUGGUAUGCGGCUUCCUGUCAAGUUAAAUGUUAUUGAGUUAAACUAUGAGUUGCUCAUCUGAUUAUGUGGUUACUUUCUUCAAAUCUUUCCUUACCAUGUUACAAAAGUCGUACGAAAAUAAUUGUUAACACUUUUUUCUAUUAAUGCUUGACAAUGUUUAUGCUUACUUUUA